UGUGGGUAAUGAUGGACCGCAGGAGCGGGACCGAAUGGUUCGUGCCUGCAUCGCCAUUAUCUGUGAACUUGCACUGGAGAACCCUGAGAUUGUGGCCAAGAGGGGUGGUCUCAGCACCAUCCUGAAGAAUGUAAUCGACUGUCAGCUCAGUCGCAUCAAUGAGGCUCUGAUGACCACCAUCCUGCACCUGCUCAAUCACCCACAUACACGGCAAUACGUUCGCUCUGACGUGGAGCUCGAGCAAAUCCUGGCACCUUACACAGACUUUCACUACAGACACAAUCCAGACACAGCAGAGGGUCUACUCAAAGAAGACAGGGAGGCUAGAUUUCUGGCCAGUAAGAUGUCAAUUGUUGCUUCCCUUCGCUCUUGGUCAGGCAUCAUUAAUCUCUGCAAAUCAGGCAACUCUGGAAUCCAGUCUCUCAUUGGUUUGCUGUGUAUACCAAAUAUGGAAGUGAGGCGAGGUCUUCUGGAGGUGAUGUAUGAUAUAUUCAGACUCCCUGUUCCCGUGGUGACACAAGAUUUUAUAGAAGCUCUUCUCAGUGUGGACCCCAGUAGGUUUCAGGACAGUUGGAGACUGUCAGAUGGCUUUGUAGCCUCAGAAGCAAAAAUAAUUCUUCCACAUAGGGCACGGUCCAGACCAGAUUUGAUGGAUAACUAUCUCGCCUUGCUACUUUGUGCAUUCAUUCACAGUGGACUUUUAGAGGGCCUGGUUGAAGUGAUCACUAGCAGUGAUGAUAGUGUUUCAGUGCGUGCAACCAUCCUUUUAGGAGAACUCCUGCAUAUGGCCAACACCAUUCUUCCCCACUCCCAUAAUCACCACCUGCACUGCCUGCCCACUCUUAUGAACAUGGCUGCUUCUUUCGACAUUCCUCAGGAGAAAAGACUACGGGCAAGUACUGCAGUCAAUUACUUGAAGCGAUUUCAUGAGAAGAAGAAACGAGGCCCCAAACCCAAUAGUCUUUACUUGGACCACAUUAUUCGCAAAUCGCUGGCUGCUCAUUACUGUCGGGACCAGCACCUUAGGCCCCAGAGGGACAUUUUUGUCAUUAAGGACACUGAGGAGGCCCUGAUGAUGAACCUCAGAGACAGUCAGAUUCUCAGUCAUAAACAGAAUUUGGAAUGGAACUGGGUCCUAAUCAGUACCAUACUCAAGUGGCCAAAUGCUAACCUUCGGAACAACAAAGAGGAACAGAUGCACAAGUUUGUACGAAGGCUGCUGUUCUUCUACAAGCCUAGCAGCAAGCUGUAUGCUGGCCUGGAGCUGGACCACAGCAAGGCCAGGCAAUUAACGGCGGUGGGCUGUCAGUUCAUUGAGUUUCUGCUGGAGUCAGAUGAGGAUGGCCAGGUGUUUCUUGAAGACCUGGUGAAGGACAUUGUCCAGUGGCUGUCCUCAUCCUCUGGCCUGAAACCAGACCGUAGUCUGCAGAGCAACGGCCUCCUCACCACUCUCAGCCAGCACUACUUCCUCUUCCUCGGCACUCUCUCUGCCCACCCGCAGGGUGUUAAGAUGCUUGAGAAGUGCAGCGUCUUCCAGUGCCUGCUGAACCUGUGCUCCUUGAAGAACCAGGACCAUCUUCUGAAGCUGAUUGUUUCCACACUGGACUACAGCCGGGAUGGCUUAGCACGAAUCAUCCUCUCCAAGAUCCUCACUGCUGCCACUGACAACUGCAGGCUGUACGCCACCAAGCAUCUGCGGGUACUACUUCGAGCUAACGUGGAGUUCUUCAGCAAUUGGGGUAUUGAACUGCUGGUGACUCAGCUACACGACCGCAACAAGGCCGUCUCGGUGGAGGCUUUGGACAUACUGGAUGAGGCCAGUGAAGACAAGGCAAACCUACACGCUCUGAUUCAGAUGAAGCCAGCGCUAACUCACCUUGGAGACAAGGGUGUGCUGUUGCUGCUACGGUUUUUGUCCAUUCCAAAGGGGUUCUCCUAUCUAAAUGAAAGGGGAUAUGUCACUAAACAACUAGAAAAAUGGCAGAAGGAAUGCAACCUCAAGUAUGUGGACCUCAUAGAGGAACAGCUAAAUGAAGCACUCACUACUUACCGUAAACCAGUGGAUGGAGAUAACUAUGUGCGACGGAGCAACCAAAGGUUACAAAGACCAAAUGUUUUUCUUCCUGUGCAUUUGUAUGGGCAGCUUGUACAUGAUAAGACAGGCUGUCAUUUGCUGGAAUCUCAGAAUGUAGUUUCAGACCUGAGCUACACAGUGCGCUGCCCAGUGCUGGACAAAUGGGAUGGCAUUAAACAGCUUAAAGCUGCUCUUUGGGCCCUGGGAAACAUUGGCACGUCUAACUGGGGACUGAAUCUGCUACAGGAAGAGAAUGUAAUUCCAGAUAUCGUCGCUCUUGCCCAUGACUGUGAGGUUCUGUCUAUUAGAGGGACAUGUCUUUAUGUUCUGGGACUCAUUUCUAAAACUAAGCAGGGAUGUGAGCUUCUCAAACUGCAUGGUUGGGAUGCAGUUAGGCACAAUCGCAGACAGCUAUGGCCUGUGGUGCCGGAUGAGGUGGAGCAGAGCCAGAACCUACAGCAGCAGCAGCAACAACUGCAGCAACCCCUCAUCCACCUGUCCUCAGCACCCAGCACCCUCAGCCUGAACUCUGAGUCCACCAGCUCUAGACAUAACAGCGAGAGUGACUCCACUCAGCCUAGCAUGUACAUCCUGGAUGAUGACAAGUUAGAAAGCUCUGAACUUUCAGAGGACCAGCCACUGUACUUCAGGCCCAAACUCCUAAAGGACCGCAGCCCCUUCACCAUACUAGCCUCCAGUCGACUUGUCCGAAACAGCUUCCUCAUCUCGCUCUCUGGAAAAAAACUCCGUAGUACCAGUGACCCCAAAGGCACUGGUAGCAGCAGUAAACUCCAUGGUGAGCCCACGUUAGGAGGCCUAAGGAGGAUACGCACAGUUACAGAGCCCUCUAUAUUCUCUCAAGUUCAGGGAGAUGUUUUUAGUCCUGUAUUUACUGACGGACAUCUGCCGAAAAGCCCAAGCGUUAGUCUGGAUACCUCUUUUGUAGGCAGCAAGACUUCGGAAACUCAGGGCAGCACAUCUAGUAUUGGGGAGCCGGAGGUACGUCUGAACAAAGCUGCAGAACGGAGCUCAGGAGUUGGAGACGCCCACCGAGAGCAGACCAGUCGGGAAAGGCUGGCCGGCGAUGGCUCAGCCUCUGGGGGCGGGGCUCAGUUUAAAAGUCGCAGCCAGAGUUUCAACACAGACACGACCACUAGUGGUAUCAGCUCCAUGAGCUCCAGCCCAUCCAGAGAGACGGUGGGUGGCGUGGACUCUUCCACCAUCGACACGGACUGUGUUAGCCUCAAUACGGUCAUUAGCACUCAAACUGUCAAAACACUUCACUCUCUCACGCCCCAGUCCAACCACCUUCCCCUGUCCAAAUCUAACUCGGUACUGCUGAUGCCACCGGGUUCUUCUCAUACUUUGCCACGCAGGGCUCAGUCCCUUAAAUCACCUUCUGUCACGACCAUUUCAAGCCUGACAGACUGUAGCUGCAUGUACACCAGCCCUCGGGACGCACUGGGAUACGCUACCCUCAAACGACUACAGCAGCAGCGCAUUCACCCCUCCCUUUCCCAUAGCGAGGCGCUUGCCUCGCCUGCCAAAGACGUGCUCUUCACCGAUGCCAUCACUAUGAAAACUGGCAGCCUGGACUCCAGACUCACACCACGCAGGUUUCUCAAGGCUUUGAGUUUUGCAUCUCUGGAUAAGGAGGAUCUUCUGAGCCCUAUCAGUCAAACCUCCCUUCAGCGCUCCUCCUCAGUGCGUUCAAUGGUGUCCAGUGCCACAUAUGGCAACUCCGAUGACUAUAUUGGCCUUGCACUGCCAAUGAACAUCAACAGCAUGUUCCAGAUUAAAGACAUACCAUACUUCCAGAAGAGGACAAGUCCACCGUCAGAGGACCGAUCAGCAAAGUUCUUCUCGGGAGAUGCAGAUGGUUCCAGUGAAGGAUCUAGGCAUUCUGUUCUGCGAUCUCAGCUUAGUAUCACAGAGCUGAUUGCGGUGAGCCGUUCAGACCAGCACCAGCUGCUGGGUGCGGAGGAGACCGGCCUGCAGGAGCACAAUGAGGACAACUGUCUUUACUGUGCAGGGCUCUACGUGCUUGGAUGCAAUUUAAACACUCCCACACAAAACCGCACAGACUAUCCCGAUGCUCCAUUCUCGGAAUGGUGCAAUCAGUCCUUACACAACCUGGACGUCAUGCCUCCGUCUAAGUACUCAGGUGUGUCUGGCUGCAGCGAUGCUGUCUCUCAGGGCUCUGGUGGCAGCACACGCAGCACCGAGCUUGUACUUGGGGUGAAAAAUAUUCCAGAGGAUGCUCCAGCCUGCCGUGUUCUUCUGAGGAAGGAGGUGCUUCGGCUGGUCAUCAACCUGAGCUCCUCAGUGGGGACCAAAGGGAAUGAAACCGGACUCCUCACAAUCAAGGAAAAGUUUCCUUAUGCGUUUGAUGACAUCUGCCUGUAUUCCGAAGUUUCAUACUUGUUGGCGCAUUGCAUGUUCAGACUGGCUUCACGACGCUUCAUUCAGGAGCUCUUUCAAGAUGUUCAGUUCAUUCCGAUGUACGAGGAGGCUGAGAGCAUUCUGUCAAUGCCCAAGAAGUCUACCACAGUAUAUCUUCCAUCAGAACCGUGAUCAUCCUCUAAGUGUUUUAAAUCACACUAUUCUCUUCCCCGAUGCAGCAAUUAUGGAUCUCUUUCUUGGCCUGACCAUGCGACUAAGAUGAAUACGCAAUAAGAGACUAGGGCUAUGGAACAGACAUAGGUGGAUUGAGAGAGUCACCGGGAACAUUUCCACAGAAAGAGAAAAAGCGGUACGUUAAGAGAACAAACUCUUUUUACCUGAACAAAUACUCUACACGGAAGCUCUGUGGACAUUUACAGUGUAACCAAAUAAUCCUUGUAAACUGAACGGAAAGUGAAACAUGCAAAUAUUUGAUCUGUGAGUCAAUACGAAUUGUAUUUCAAAUGCAAGCAAAAUCUUUCAAGACUGUCUAGGGAGAUGAUUAACUUCCAUUUUUUUUUAUAAAGGCCUAGGGGUAUGAUUGCACGUAACAGAAGCAUUUUUUUCCUCGAGUGGAUCCCUCAACACUACAACAUUCCAGCUGUUUUCUUUGGAUUUCUCUAUUACUAAUUUUGGUUGUUUCAAAUAUGAAAUAGCUUUCGCAACCAGGCCGAGCAAACACUCUUAGUCCUGGUGUGAUUUGCUUUGUAAGACAAUCAUCAUUAAGUAAUAAUAAUAGUCAGCAACUGCCAGUUGUUGUUUUUUUUCCUCUUUUGUACCCGACUCAUAAAAGUGUCUUUUCUGCUUAUUGAUUUUUAUCUUGACGUAGCACAUAGCAAUCCCUGAGUAAAUGUAUGUGCAUGUAUUUGAUGGUGUUGUUACACAAUAAUGCAAUAGCGACUGUAUUGUAUUAAUGUGUAACUUUGUUAACUGACUUAUGAAACGUCAUCCAA